AUGGCUACCACCGGAUCUUCCAUCGGGUGCGGCAUCCGUCACUACCCCGACCGGAGCAAUGGCUUUUUAUUCCACGAUCCCUAUGCUUGGUCAACACUACCCGUAUCCUACUCCGUGCCCCCUCCUUCAGAGAACCAGUUCACCUUCCAUGCACCACCGCCCGAUCCAACAUUUUCCGAUCGCGCUCUCCUAAGUUGGGAUGCUGCUACAUGCACCCAGCCUCUGUCCCCCUCCACCCUCGAUGCCUCGCCUGAUCUCGGACCCAAUUUUUCUCCAGAGGAACUUGCGUUCAUCACCCCAUCUAUGUUAACCCCACGAGACAACCUGAAUGUCUCCGACUCAUCCACAGUGCCGCCUACUCCCUCGCCCUCGGCCAGCUCAUCGCCGAGCGAAUCAUCGAAGGACUCAUCCGACCGAGCAUCUAGAAGAAGGCUCAACACGCUGGCUGCCCGGCGGUAUCGCCAACGUCGUGUUGAUCGUACCCAUGAAUUGGAAGCAGAACUGGAUGCUAUCAAGCAAGAGCGGGAUGCGUUAAAAAUGCGAGUCUCCAAAUUGGAAGGAGAGGCCAAUGUGCUGAAAUACGGCUGA